AUGGUGGUCACUCAGCUCUUCCUCGUCCUGGUGGCACCCGGAAAGCACCCAUCUCUGGAAACCCAGCCUCCUCCCAGCAUAGUUACGGCAGCAGCGAAAAGGUCAUCAGAGCCAGGAGGCCAGUGCAGGGGCACUCAUAGUCCCAAAGCUGACUCUCUUGGUUUUGAGGAUGACCAUGAUCAGACUGCAUAAGAAAUAACAGUGAAUGAAGUGCCAGAGAAUGAAGCCCUUUCUCCCAGACACAUCACAGACAAGAUAUUUUUCACUGAUUUAGCCAAAACCAUCACACCAGGGGUCCCAAGUCUAGAAUAUCUGGAAGAGCUGCACAUGGAAAAGAACCUGAUUGUAAGCGUCCCCAGAGACAUCAAUCACUGGAGGCACAUGAAUGUCCUCUACUUGGAUCAGAAUCACAUACGGGACAUAUGCAAAGAACUGGGAGAGCUAAAAAGUCUUCUGAACUUAGAUUUAAGCAACAAUCCCCUCUCUUGUAGUUUGCUGCCAGUUAUUGGCCAGUUGCAGUCCCUUCGUCAGCUCAGGCUCUAUAAAACAAACUUGCACAAAAUCCCAGUGCAGAUCUGUGAAUACCUCCACCAUGUUGAACUGUGUGGCUUUUCUGACAACAGCCUUCAGUGUCUGCCUAAAGAAACAGGGAACCUGACAAAAGUGAAGGAAAUUUACCUCCAGAAAAAUAGACUUGAAUGUUUUCCCCAAGGAGCCUCGUCAAUUGCUAAUUUAGAAAUAAUAGAUCUGGAAGAAAAUCUAAUCAGUCUUAUCCCAGGAGAGGGAGGCUUUUGGACAAAUUUACUUAAGCUAUUUUUGGCUUUUAAUAACUUAUCCUCCAUUCCUCCUACACUGUAACACUGCCAAAAGUUGGCUGUGCUGUCUCACAAUCUCCUGCACAAGUUUCCCCCAGGUCUGAAGAAUCUCACUGAAAUGAGAGUGCUCAGACCUUCUGCUAUCAGCCUGGAGGUGUUCCCACAGCCGGUCUGCUGCUGGCCAGCCCUUCCACAUGUUUAUCUAAGGAACACCAGACUGCACAAGAUAGCCAGGUUCUUUACCAGAUUAACCAGUGUCAGGAUACUGGAUCUGAGUGAAAACUGCUUUGAUGAUAUUCCUAAAGGAAUGUACACUGUGAAAAAAACAGAAGUAUUUGCCCUGGGUGACAAUCAGGUACAGGAGGUACCUGUGGAGGUGAAAGAACUGACAAAUUUGAAGUGCCUUAGCUGAUCUGAAAACCAAUUCAGUAUCUUUCUCCUGGAGUCAUUAGAGAGAUUGUAUUUCGGACAAGAUACAGGAAUUAAAUUCAGCGAACUGCAGGAAAAAUGCUUUAAUUAUUAAAACUUACGCACACAUAUUUUGCAGAAACUGGAAGAACUGCAGGAGAAUAAUUGUCUGGAGUACCUGCCUGCAACCAUCAGCUCAUUGACUCACUUGAAAAUACUUGACUGUUGCAACAGUUUCUUCCAACAGCUCCUGCAGUCUGUCUGCCAAGUACAAGGUGAAAAACAGUCUUGUCUUUCCAUCUUCCCCAGUUUCAUUUGUUCUUUGUGCUGCAGCUGCUUUGUGUGUUCAGGUUUGCAAAAACUGCUCAUUCAGAACAAUCACCUGCCCCAGCUACCUGAGUAUUUGGACAGUCUUCAGCAGCUGGAGUUGGUUCUUGUGGAUGGAAACCGUGUGACAGACACUCAAACUGAAGCGUGUUGUCAGGGGACAUCUGCCAUCUGGGAAAACUUACAGAAAAAUAAGUUAACAUCACAACUUUUUCUCCAGGUAUUCAGAUUGUUCUCCUCUCUUUUUCAGAUCCAAAGUCUGUGGCAUGGGCUGACGAACCAGAAGGCGACUGGACCUUUCUCAACACUUAAGAAUCUAAAGAAACAAAGAAAGAAGGAAAAGAAAGAAAAAGGAAAGGGAAAAGAGAAAUCUGUGAAAGGAUCAAAAGCAAGAAAGUGGUAUUUGGGCAGUAAAUUGCACAGAGCUUUCUUCAUUUACAAGGGUAAAUGUGAGCAGACAUAA